UGCUGCUGCUGCUGCUGCCGCCGCACGCGCGCCGGUUCCGGUCUGAGGCGGGCGCGGGCGCUGCGGGGCCUCGGGAGCCGCCGGGAGCAUCAUGGCUGCGGCCGCGUGGAUCCCUACGGUUUCUCGAUUGCUAGGUGCUUUCAAAAACCAAAAACAGGUGACCAGAAGUUUUAGUAAUGCUGUACAAACAGUAACUUUAAUCCCAGGAGAUGGCAUUGGACCUGAGAUUUCUGCUGCUGUUGUGAAGAUCUUUGAUGCUGCCAAAGCUCCUAUUCAGUGGGAAGAGAGGAAUGUUACAGCUAUCCAGGGACCAGGAGGGAAGUGGAUGAUACCUCCAGAUGCCAAAGAAUCCAUGGAUAAAAACAAAAUGGGAUUAAAAGGGCCUUUGAAGACUCCAAUUGCUGCAGGGCACCCCUCCAUGAAUCUGCUGCUGCGGAAAACCUUCGACCUGUACGCGAACGUGCGCCCGUGCGUGUCGAUCGAAGGCUACAAGACCCCCUACACAGACGUGAACAUCGUCACCAUCCGGGAGAACACGGAAGGGGAAUACAGUGGGAUUGAGCACGUGAUUGUUGAAGGUGUUGUGCAGAGCAUCAAGCUGAUCACAGAGGAAGCGAGCAAGCGGAUUGCGGAGUUUGCUUUUGAGUAUGCCAGAAACAACCAGAGAAGCCACGUUACUGCUGUGCACAAGGCAAAUAUUAUGAGAAUGUCUGAUGGGCUUUUCUUGAGAAAAUGCAGGGAGGCAGCAGAAAAUUGUAAAGAUAUUAAAUUUAAUGAAAUGUAUCUGGAUACAGUGUGUCUGAAUAUGGUUCAAGACCCAUCACAAUUUGAUGUGCUUGUUAUGCCAAACUUGUAUGGUGACAUCCUCAGUGACUUGUGUGCUGGACUGAUUGGGGGUCUUGGAGUAACACCAAGUGGAAAUAUCGGUGCUAAUGGAGUUGCAAUUUUUGAAUCGGUUCAUGGGACAGCACCAGACAUUGCAGGAAAAGACAUGGCAAAUCCAACUGCCCUUCUCCUGAGUGCUGUGAUGAUGCUGCGUCACAUGGGACUCCACAAAUAUGCCACAAAAAUUGAGACAGCUUGCUUUGACACCAUUAAAGAUGGAAAGGUCUUGACAAAAGACUUGGGAGGCAAUGCCAAGUGCUCAGAAUUCACAGAGGAGAUCUGCCGCCGGGUACGGGACUCGGACUGAACCUGCUCUCCCUGCCUGGAACAACUCCAGAGGGACACAUCACACCAAGUACAUUCUGUGCAACCUGAUAUCCAGAUGCAGACAGUUUGCUUGUCUCUUAAGACAGCAAACUUUUUUUUUUUAGGGCCUCUCCAUCAAUAAAUGCAGUCCGUGUGGCUACAAAAUGAUGCUUGUGCCUGCUUUCAGUAGACUUGAAAUGCUUUUGUCUUAUUUAUUUAUUUCUAUCUGGUGAACAUUUUUAUGUAAGUGAAUUCUUUUGUUGCCACUGUAACUGUCUAACAUCUUCCAUUGCAACUAGAGGUUUUUACUUUCCACAGAGAAAAAUUAUGCAAAUAAACCAGUAACAGAAUUAGUGACAUGUAAAAGCACCUUAAUGGUUAAAACCUACUUUAUUGAUCUUACUGAAAUUCAAAAGGUAGAUUUUCAGCCUAACAGUAGCACAAGAGGACCUUCAUAAACAGAAACGGGUAUAAAAUAACUUAAAAUAGCAAUUUCUUGUUAAAAGCAAUGAAAAAAAACACUUUACAUACUCUGGUGAUUCAAAUAGAGCCUUGCCCUCCAAGGGCAAGAAUGAAGAAAUACAAAAUUCUAGCUAUUUAAUCUAUUUGUGUAUUUUUUUUAAAAGCCCACAACCAUUAACCAGGAAGGGCUGAGAAAUAAUGUUUAAGUAAAUUUAUUUUUCAAAUCUAUAUACCAAAAUAAUUCCUCAAAAUUUUCCUCUCUGAAGCAGACUUUACAACAGAGUACUAAUGAGAGUAAAUUGCACAAAAUUACUUCUACCAUAUAUUGGGAAAGUACUAACUUUGCAAAUUUAUACUAAAUAUUUCAUGACUUCUGCUAGAAUGCUUUUUGUGGUGUACUUUUGUACACAGUCUGUUCAGCCUUUCUUGAUGUAUUGACUAGUAAUUUUAUUCUAGAAACUCUGAAUGUAAGCAACUAGUCCUAAAUGGACUAAGACAGAUUGAAGGUUUGGCUCUGGUGCCUGUGUUCCAGAAAUACAUUUCAUCCCUAUUCAAGGAAAUCUGAGACUAUUUUUUCCCAUCUUACUAAGCCUAAUGGGUGCAAAAGCAACUCUUUCUCUCCCAUCUUCAUCACAUACAGAUAGUCAGGAGUCAUUCUGAUCUGUAUGUCUUAAGGUAUCCUUCCAUUAGUACACCUUACAAGAAAAUGUGUAUUUUAAAAUUCAUGACUAUAGCACAGGAUUAGCCCUACUGCCAGAACCAGGCUUCUUAAAGCUUAAGUCUAUUAAUAGAUAUUACUCCACUUAGUUAUGUUCUAUUAAGACUGUCUAGGCUGGUUGUUUCAGAAGUAAUAUCAAUGUUGAGUAAUAACUUCUAGUGUUACUCUAUGAAGUAAGCAUCCCAGCUUUUUUAAGACAGUCCAACAACAUGUUGGAGAAGGGACAAUGAGCCUUAUUCCUUGUGCAUUUGGCCUUUGGUGAAUAGGGCAGCAUUUCUGUGUUCCACAAGCUCCUGCUUCCUUGUUUCCUUCAGAUUAAUACUGUCAAAGAACUCCUGGAUUACUAUUACGCACAAAAUGGGGAAAAUAAACUUUUCCAAGUCCUAAUGCUUCUCUUGUUUUUAUAAUCCUAGGCUGCUACCUUUUAUUAUGUGUUGAGCUGAUCACUGGUACUCCCAACAAAUCUAGAGUCUAUAAGAUGCUUAAGACUGGUAAUGGAACUUUCAUGGAUACGAUAUCCUGUUCUGCAUGAUUGUUUUCAUCAAGAGCAGUGGCUGCAGCCUGCCUGCUUGUGCUAGAAAUUAUAACCCUCUGCCAAAGAUCACUUACUAACAGCAAAUCCUUUAUACAACUUUCUGUCAAGUAUGCUCUUCACAUAAUAUGAUUUAUAUUUUAAAGGGGAAGAAGAAACGCAGCUGUGAUUUGUCAGAACCACUAUAAUGUAAAUAUGGAAACAUGCAGAGAUGCUUUGACAACCAUUGUUUCUAAACUCUUGCUUAAAAAAAGUGCUGUGAAAAAUUUUAAGUUUCUGCUCUAAAGCACUGGAAUGUGAAAGCACCUGUAUUUCCUAUUUUCUGUCUUUGGGGAGCUAUUCCCCCAACUAUUAUGAUUAUUUGUUUUUAGGAGAAAUAGUAAUACUUAUUUCUACAUGGAUUUAAUAAGUGAUGAACUGCUGUUUUCACAAAAGUCUGAACUCUAGCUACUGUAACAACAGAGGAGGAAUGUCUUCAUGUUCUGAAAUGAUGUGUUAGUGAACUAAGAGAAACUGUUCUGUGGGAGGGGAAAAAAAACAAACAGCCCCUUUGAUUUUUUAAAUUUUUUAAUUGUUACCUUUAUCACUGGAGUGGUUUCACAUUUUCACUAAGCAGUGCUGCUAACUACUGAUCUACCAAAAUGUAUCAUGAGCUACAGGGAGCAUUCUGUAGAACAAAAAAAAAAGAAAGAAAAUUCACUGUAGAAAAAAAUCUUUGUGUGUCAGUCUAGAGGAAUCAUUUAUAUGUUAUGUUUUUAAUCAUUAAUUAGGUAAUAAAGUAAAAACCAGUAUUAGAAAAUGGA